AUGGAGCAAAUGGAAUAUAGAUAUCUUGGCAACUCUGGCUUGAAGGUCAGUGUGUUGACAUUGGGCUCAUGGAUCACAUUUGGCGGACAAAUAUCUCCUGAACAAACGUCAGAAAUCGUGAGCACAGCAUUAGAAUUGGGUAUCAAUCAUUUUGACGUUGCAGAGAGUCAUGCUGGUGGACAAGCAGAGAUCGAUUUGGGAUUAGCACUGAGAAACCAAAAGGGAUUAAGACGAUCCGAUUUUGUGUUAUCGACCAAGGUAUUCUGGGGAGGUAAAGGCCCCAACGAUAGAGGAUUAUCGAGAAAACACGUAUUUGAAGGCACAGUGGCAUGUCUUCAGAGACUUCAGUUGGAUUACGUUGAUAUACUCUACGCACAAAGACCGGAUCCAGAUACACCCAUGGAAGAGAUUGUCAGAGCGUUUAAUUGGUGCAUCGAUAAAGGCAUGGCCUUGUAUUGGGGCACAAGUGAAUGGCCGGCCUAUUUGAUUACAGAAGCCAUGAAUGUGGCAAAUCGACUGCAGCUGAUUGCACCCAUCACAGAGUCGCCUCAAUACAACAUGCUGAAUCGUGAGCGUGUCGAAAAGGAAUACCUACCAAUGUAUCAAAAAUACAAACUUGGUACCUGUAUAUGGUCACCAUUAGCGUCUGGGCUUUUAAGUGGAAAAUACAACGAUGGACAGAUCCCCAAAUUAACCCGUUUAGCUAUACAAGACCACCCUGUCAUUAAUCGCUUGAGAUCUGGAUUUUUCAGUGAUGAAGGAAGAAGGAAACUAGAGAAGAUUAGAAUGAUGUGUAAUGUUGCAAAGCGUAUCGGAUGUACACCAGCACAAUUGGGUAUUGCCUGGUGCCUAAAGAACAAAAAUGUCACUUCAGUCAUCAUUGGCGCUUCAACACCUGCUCAAGCGAGAGAGAACAUACAAGCAAUUGGUGUGGUCAGGUUAUUGACGGAUGAAAUCAUGCUUGAUUUAGAUAGGUUGUUGGCGAAUAAGCCAGAGGAUGUGUUUGAUUUCAGAAAAUCUUGA